GAAUAAAUGUCUUCUUUUUCUUUCUAUCUUCCUCACCUCAGUCUUCGUUAACAGCUCCUGCGGUAAAUGUCUUCUUUACCGCUCCUGCAACCCCCUCUCUUCCCACGGUCAACAACCAGGAAUUAAGCACCGGCUACUUCGUUAGCAGCUCCCAGCCUGAUCUCAAUUAGGGUUCCUCUAAUCCUACUACUACACACUAUAAACAAGACAUACUCUUCUCUGUAGCAUAGAGCUGCAAAGAUAUGAUGAUCUCCUUCAGUCCUUCCUCCUAAUUGGUAUUGGGUCCUAAAGAAACACAGCAAAUGGUUCUAAACCCAAUCCCUGCUCUCUCAUAAUUCAUUCUCUCGUUCGUUUGUUCGUCGAUGUUGUUUUUUUCUCAAAUAUCCAAAUCGGAGCCACAUACAUACAGAAGAAAUGUUUAGCUGUGGACUAGAAUUAGCGGAUCUGAUGGUGGCAUCCAACCUCCUCCACCGUUUGUGGGCAGUCAUUUCCGAACUAUACAGCAGCGAUCGUAACGAACCGAACUCACCGUUGACUCCACCAUUCUCUGUUCGAUACAAAACUUUUCAACAACAACCUGAUUGCACAAUCAUUGCUUUCGUCCCUUCAUCCUCUUCUGCCAUACACCAUCGGCAAGGAGGAGGUGGAGGUCUCUUCCUGUCAUCCACUUUUCAACAAAACAACCCUCUUCUUCAGUUCCUCUGCACCGAGAACAACCCAUCUUUCCAUAUUAACGAAGAGGCCUUUGCUAUCUUUACUUCUCUCUCUGAUAAGCUCUCCUGUCUCCAACAACAGUUUAGCCCUAACUCCCGGCUGAUCGUCACCGGUCAUGGUCUAGGUGGAGCGGUUGCGUCUCUCUACACCUUAUGGCUGCUGAACAAUAUCCCCCCAAACGCCAAGCCCCCGCUCUGCAUCACUUUCGGUUCUCCACUGGUGGGCGACGAUGGCCUCCGGAAAACCAUACUCUGUCGCUCAACAUGGAACUCUCGUUUUCUACACGUAGUUUCCCACGACGAUCCCAUCCCUCGUCUCUCCGUCUCAGAGCACAGUUAUAAGCCUUUGGGUACAUUUCUGAUGUGUUCUCCAUCAGGCUGUGCUUGUUUGGACGAUCCUGAAUCAAUUUUACGAUGGAUGGCGUUGACGGGGCCAUCGGAGAAUCCGGUAAACCCAGGCCAGGCAGACAACUGCGUGGAUUAUGGAACGAUUUUGGGAAGACUCAAGGACAGUAUAGCUAACAGGGCGGCAGUUUUGCAGAUUGAGGGACCCCCGCUUCGGGCAAGCAUUCUUUUACAACUUGAAGCCAUGGGGUUUGGGGAAAUACAGUUGCAACAGCAGCAACAGUUGAAUCAGAGCAAUUUGGUUACCGUCAUGGAGAGAUGGGUACGUGAAAAAUACCUAAACAAGGAGAAGCGCAUCUCUGAUGAUAAGAAAUUGAAUGACGCGAAAAUUUAUAUGGCCCAUCUUGAAUGGUACAAGAAGGUGUGUGAGUGUGAUCCUUUUAAGAGCUACUACGACUGCUACAAAAGCAAAAUGUUCCCACGGGACAUGGAUGCUGCCAAGUUCAAGAAUCAUCUCACAAACUACUGGAAAACCAAGGUCGAAGAAGCUGAGAAACAGCCUAAGAAGGACGGCCUUCCCCUUCAAACGCGCUGGAUCUUCGGAGGAACAAAUUAUAGAAGAAUGGUCGAACCGCUUGACAUUGCCGACUACUAUAACAAGGAAGGUAAUAAGGAUUACUUUUCCAAUGGAAGAUCUCCCCAUUACAAACUGCUGGAAAAAUGGGAGAAAGAGGCAAGAGGAGCAGAGCAACAGAAAAAUGAUGCAAGGAGACAGAUUGCUAGCCUAACAGAGGAUUCCUGCUUCUGGGCACAUCUUGAGGAGGCUAAAUUAUCGUUGAAGAAUGGAGAGAGUAUUACUAAUUUUGAGAAUUACGUCAUGACUUUGAUAAAUAAUUUUGCAGUCUCACGAGAGAUUUUCAGGGAGAAGAGCAGCUUCAUGGAAUGGUGGAGAGCUUAUGAGAGCAUCCUACAGCCUCUGUAUCGUUCUGAAUUCACCGACUAUAUGAAAAAUAAAACUUAUCUACAGUACGGAGCUUAGCAGAUUCACUCAAUAUGAGCCAUCCAAGUAACUUACAUGAUUUGUAUCAAAAUGAUUUUCCUGAACCAAAACAAUAAUUUAUAUGCUUCCAAUACAAAAUGUAUGCUACCUUUUUUCAA